AUGAAUAUCAAAAUUACUAUGACUUUGCUAUUUCAUCUAGUCUAUUUUGUAAUCUUUAUAGAUUCAUUUUUGGAAACUUUAUAUAUGGGCAUUUUCCUUUUUAGGGGACAAUAUACUUAAAGACAAUAAACUUAAACCUUUUAUGUUAUAUUGACAGCUUUAAAAUUUAUUUUUUCAGCUCUUAUAGGUUUUAUAAUAGAUCAUGUGCAAUAUACAUACAAUUUGCUAUUUGGAAGUUAAAUAUUGAUUUUGUUAUCCUACUUCUUUUAUUUGGUAUUCGUUGUGAAAUCUGUUUAAGAACAAUAUUCAGGUGAUUACUUGUACUUUGCUAAUGGAUUUCUAAUUUUGGGUUAAUAGAUGGCAGCAAUCAUUAUAUUAACUCUGAUUUCUAAGCACUACCAGAGGAAUGAUGUUCCGUAUUAGAUAGCAAAUUUGCAAAUUUAUAGCUAUUCUGGAUAAAUAUUUUGUUCUUUGAUAUUUUUGGUAGUAGGAUUAAUCUUAUAUAAUUCAAUAGAAAAAUAUUCGUUUUAAACACUUAUAGAAAUAUACAAGGAUACCAUCAUAAUUUUAUCAAUAAUUCCUUUAAUUAUAUUAUUGACCCUUAUGAUAUUUCUCUAUAAAACAUUUAUAUAUUUUAAAUAAGAGGCUGAAGAGUUAAUGCCUGAAAUUAAAAAGAUUCCCAUUCAGCAGAAGGGAAACUUACUCUAAGCCAUAAAAAAUAUUUUCAAAACUGACAGCGCUUGGGUUGCCUUAUCAGCAGGAAUUAUCUUGGGAAUCAUAAAUAUUUGGUUAGAAUAAUACUAACAAAGUUAUGUGUAAUCCUUAUUAUCAGAUUUAUCUAAUGUUAAAAUUUAUUAGAUUUUCGGUAAUUACUUAAUCAUUGAAUUACCCACAAUCAUAAGUUUGAGUUUGGUUUAAGUAAUUGUAAAAAACUUUGAAAUUGAAUCAAUUUCUCUUUAAGCAUUAAUCGACAAGGCCAUAGAUUCGUUUGUUCUAUUUUUACUAUCAAUUUUAUUUGCAACUUGUUUCGAUGAAAAAGAAUCUGGCAGUGGUGGAAAAAGCAUAAUAUUCCUAAUUAUUGAGAUAUUUUAACAAUACUGUUUAACAAUUUCUGGUGCCAGUAUAAUAGGCAUACAGAAAUAAAAUUAUAGGAACUAAGGCUUAACCUUUGGAAUGCUGUGGAUGAUUUAGAAUGGAUUUGCAGUUUGGGUUGUUCUGGCAAUUUGUUUUGGCUAGGAGGCAUAAAAUGGCAUUAUCUAUGGAUUUGCAUUUGGAUAUUCUUUAAUCAGCAUAAUAUCUAGCAAGAUGCUUUAGUUUGACAAACAAGUGAAUAAAUUAGGCCAUAGAGUAGCCAACGUAGAAGUACAAAUAAAAAACGAUGAACCACAAGAUGAACCAUAAGAAGUAGCAUAAUCAUGA